AUGGAGAAAUAUUUUGGUCUCCGCAACAUGUCAAAUAAAACCAAGGCAGUUUGGGUUGCUUAUCAGUUGUCUAGUGAAGCUGCUACUUGGUGGGACAAUGAAAAGUCAGAAAGGAAACUACAACCAAGAGAGAACACUUGGGAUUUGUUUUUACAAUCCUUCAGGAAAAGGUGGCUUCCACAAUUAUUCUUCGACAAGAAGAUGACAGAAUUUCAAAACCUUACUGAAGGUAGUAUGUCGGUAACACAGUACUGGGAGAAAUUUACUAAUCUCCUUAAGUAUGUUCUGCAAUACCAGAUGGAUGAAAGGUUCUACAUUCAGAAGUUCAUUUUGGGUUUAAGAGCCCAUAUAGGAGCGGAGGUGGAUAUCCAUAAUCCAUUAACUAUGGUGGAGGUAUUUGAAAAGGCGACUAAGCAAGAGCAGAAGUUACAGCUGUUGGGGAACCUCCGAAAGAAUGAGAACAACCGACCGAAUUUUGGGAAUAGAAAUUUCCAAAGGAAUCGCAAUAGAAACAAUCGGUAG